UGUGUCUAGGAUACAAAGCCUUUACUUCGUGGAGGAUAUACCCUCAUUAACAAGGUCCUGUGCUAUCCGGCGCUGCCAUGUCUGCAAAAGCAAUAUCGGAGCAGACGGGGAAGGAGUUCUUGUACAAGCACAUCUCCAUAUCGACUGCUGUGCAGAACCGUUUUCGUUAUGCCAAUGUAACUGCUGAGACUGACUGGGAUCGCCUCACACAGGACCACCCAUGGCUGCUAACAGAACGGCUUGUGGUGAAGCCAGAUCAACUGAUCAAACGACGAGGGAAGCUUGGGCUGGUGGGCAUCGACCUGGACCUCCAGGGUGUCAAAAAGUGGCUCAGAGGUCACCUUAUGAAGGAAACCACUGUGGGAAAGGCAAAAGGCGUGUUGAAGAACUUCCUCAUUGAGCCUUUUGUUCCCCACACGCAGGAGGAAGAGUUUUACGUAUGCAUCUACGCUGCUCGUGAGGGUGACUUUGUACUUUUCCACCACGAAGGAGGGGUGGAGGUGGGUGACGUGGACGCCAAAGCCAAGAAGCUUUUGGUCGGGGUGGAUGAGAAACUCAGCAAGGACCAAGUCAAAGAGCAGCUCAUCACACAUGUCCCAGAUGACAAGAAAGAAAUUCUGGCCAGUUUUAUUGUGGGACUCUUCAACUUAUUUGAAGACCUCUACUUCACCUACCUUGAAAUCAACCCUCUUGUAGUUACCCAGGAUGGAGUGUUUAUUCUCGACAUGGCAGCCAAGAUUGAUGCCACAGCAGAUUUUAUCUGUAAAGCUAAAUGGGGUGACGUGGAGUUUCCUCCACCCUUUGGCAGGGAAGCAUAUCCUGAGGAAGCCUACAUAGCAGAUCUGGAUGCGAAGAGUGGUGCUAGUUUGAAGUUAACCCUGCUGAACCCACGAGGCAGGAUCUGGACCAUGGUAGCUGGAGGAGGUGCUUCAGUGGUCUACAGUGACACGAUCUGUGACCUGGGUGGGGUGGAUGAGCUGGCAAAUUAUGGCGAGUACUCCGGUGCACCCAGCGAACAGCAGACCUACGACUAUGCAAAAACUAUUCUGUCACUGAUGACUCGUGAGAAACAUCCUGAAGGAAAAGUGCUUAUCAUCGGAGGAAGCAUUGCAAAUUUCACCAACGUAGCAGCCACGUUCAAGGGCAUCGUCAGGGCCAUUAAAGAUUACCAGGGUCCUCUGAAGGAGCAUGAAGUCUCCAUAUUUGUGCGACGUGGGGGCCCCAACUACCAAGAAGGCCUGAGGGUGAUGGGAGAAGUAGGGAAGACCACGGGGAUCCCAAUUCACGUGUUCGGAACCGAGACCCAUAUGACGGCCAUUGUUGGUAUGGCUCUGGGUCACCGGCCGAUCCCUAAUCAGCCUCCGAUGGCGGCUCAUACUGCCAACUUCCUCCUCAGUGCCGGCGCCAACAGUGCAGCGACCCCUGCUUCAUCAAGAACAGCUUCCUUCUCUGAAGUUAAGACCACUAAUGACGUCACCCCACCCAAAAAGCCGAAGGCAGGCCUUCCACCAGCCAAAGCCACCACGCUGUUCAGCAAAAACACCAAGGCCAUCGUGUGGGGCAUGCAGACGCGUGCCGUGCAGGGCAUGCUGGAUUUUGACUACGUCUGCUCACGUGACCAACCCUCUGUGGCCGCCAUGGUGUACCCUUUCACUGGAGACCACAAGCAGAAGUUUUAUUGGGGCCACAAAGAGAUCCUGCUGCCGGUCUAUAAGAACAUGGAUGAUGCCAUGAAGAAGCAUCACGAGGUGGACGUCCUCAUCAGUUUCGCCUCUCUGCGCUCAGCCUUUGACAGCACCAUGGAGACCAUGCAGUACCCACAGAUUCACACAAUUGCCAUCAUAGCUGAGGGCAUCCCAGAAGCUCAAACGAGGAAGUUAAUAAAGGUCGCAGACGAGAAAGGCGUCACCAUCAUUGGUCCUGCAACGGUUGGUGGCAUCAAGCCUGGCUGCUUCAAGAUCGGCAACACGGGCGGCAUGCUGGACAACAUCCUGGCCUCCAAACUGUACCGUCCUGGAAGCGUGGCGUAUGUGUCCCGCUCUGGAGGCAUGUCCAACGAGCUGAACAACAUCAUCUCUCGCACUACAGAUGGCGUUUAUGAAGGCGUGGCCAUCGGAGGGGACCGAUAUCCAGGCUCCACCUUCAUGGACCACGUCCUACGGUACCAGGACACGCCAGGGAUAAAGAUGAUCGUAGUGCUGGGAGAAAUCGGAGGCACUGAGGAGUAUAAAAUCUGCCAAGGCAUCAAAGAGGGCAGGAUCAGCAAACCCGUCGUGUGCUGGUGUAUUGGAACCUGCGCCACCAUGUUUGCCUCAGAGGUUCAGUUCGGCCAUGCAGGAGCUUGUGCCAACCAGGCCUCAGAAACCGCAGUGGCCAAAAACCAGGCUCUGAGGGAUGCCGGGGUUUUUGUACCAAAGAGCUUCGAUGAGCUGGGGGACGUCAUCAAGACCGUUUACGAUGAACUGGUGGCCAAUGGUACAAUCGUUCCUGCCCAGGAGGUUCCUCCCCCAACUGUCCCAAUGGAUUAUUCCUGGGCCAGAGAGUUGGGCCUGAUUCGUAAGCCAGCUUCGUUCAUGACGAGCAUCUGUGAUGAGCGAGGCCAGGAGCUCAUCUACGCUGGCAUGUCCAUCACGGAUGUCUUUAAGGAGGAGAUGGGAAUAGGAGGAGUGCUUGGUUUGCUCUGGUUCCAGCGCAGGUUGCCGCGUUAUGCCUGUCAGUUCAUUGAGAUGUGUCUGAUGGUGACGGCUGAUCACGGUCCUGCCGUUUCUGGGGCCCACAACACGAUCGUCUGCGCUCGUGCCGGCAAAGACCUGAUCUCAAGCCUCACCUCUGGCCUGCUCACCAUCGGGGAUCGUUUCGGAGGCGCUCUGGAUGCAGCAGCAAAGCAGUUCAGCAAAGCGUUCGACAGCGGCAUGCUGCCCAUGGAGUUUGUCAACAAGAUGAAGAAGGAUGGCAAGCUGAUCAUGGGCAUUGGCCACAGGGUCAAAUCAAUCAACAAUCCGGACAUGCGAGUGCAGAUUCUGAAGGACUUCGUGAAGCAUCAUUUCCCCUCGACUCAGCUUCUAGACUACGCUCUGGAUGUAGAGAAAAUCACCACCUCUAAGAAACCCAACCUGAUCCUAAACGUAGAUGGUUUUAUUGGCGUUUCCUUUGUGGACCUGCUCAGGACAUGUGGAGGCUUCACACGAGCCGAGGCAGACGAGUUUGUGGAGAUCGGCGCUCUGAAUGGGAUCUUUGUCCUCGGCCGUAGUAUGGGCUUUAUUGGGCAUUACUUGGACCAGAAGAGGCUGAAACAGGGUCUGUACCGCCACCCGUGGGAUGACAUCUCCUACGUACUUCCUGAACACAUGUCCAUGUAGACAUCGCAGGACGGCACGCGCUUCCAGACGCGACGGAGCGGCAGCAGCAUUUCAGCUAACGUUAACAGAAACGCUCGGGUUUAAACAGCGGCUGCUGUGGGGAAAACAAACAGACGUAUUCUGGAAAGACGUUGUUUUACUUUUUAGGGAAGACAAAGGGGGAAGUCUAUUUUUUAGAUUUAGUUAUUUAAAAACUUAGAAAUGUAACUUAUUCUUUUCCUUUUCCCGUAAAGAGCCGAACCAACGCAAGUUACAAGUGCAGGAGGGCUAAAUCUGUUUAGAUGAAGCCGAAAGGCAGAGCAAUCUGUUUGUGUAGUUGAUAAACAGGACUCUGAGGAUUUCCAUCCUGAUUUCUGCGUUACAGUCGAGAUAAUUCACCUCCAUGAACAGUUGUAGUGAAGUUAGUUCCAGCUCAGCAGCACAGUAACAAGUCUGUGUACUACAGGAGUUAACUAUGAUUUACUGUAAACAACAUUUGAGACCUGCGCUGGCAAACUGAGUCACACGUUUCUUUUCAAAUUCUCCUAAAAGCCCAAAAUGAUGAGUAGUUUGUUCAAAUUUGGCGAUUUAUCACCUGGCUAGCGAGUUUAGUUUAAGUGUUGGUUUAAAAACGUGAUUUUUAUUGGUCUGUUGAAAUUCCAGCCCUGGGGAACCCUCAAGCUUCUCAGUGACACCAAACUUUAUACAAAGGGAUUUCCCGGUGCUGUGGCAGCCGGCAGAGAAAUGGUCACUUUUAAAGAGUUGGAAAAAGGAUAGUUUCUGAAGACAUACCUGUUGGAAAACUUUUAUUUAAAGGUAGAUUAUGAAGAUUAUUUGAUGUUUUAGUUGCUGGGGUCACUAAAUGGUGUUUUUAUGUACUCAUUUAAAAAAAUGUAUUUUCACAAAAAUUGAUUUAGGCGAAAAUCUAUAUUUUGACUUGUUUUCACCGCAGCCUGUGCUCAUCUUGCCAGCUCGGGUCAAAUAUGUCGUCUUCAGGCUUCUUCAAGAUGUGUUGAAUUUGUUUUUCUUUGUUUAAACACGUCAGUUUAAAACUUAAAAAUCUUCAUGUGAUGUCACUCGGUGAUGAGAUUUGCCAUCACAAGAGGCUACUGUUGGCAACUGCUUUUAAAAGAUCAGUCUGGAGGGCUGCGUUUUAUCUUAAUUUUGUUGAAUAAAUGUUUUUAGGUGUUUGUUUUGGGGGUCUGACCUGAAUUACUUGUUUUAUUUUUUUUCUAACUGUGACAAAACGGUAAAAAGUCAAAGCGGCAGAAUGAACCAGAGACUAAAAACUGUUUGCUUUACUUGUGGAAAUUAUAACUCAUGAAACAGACGUCUGAUAAAACUUUACCAUCAACCUGCAACUUUUAAAAAAAACUUCUCAC